AAAACCUGUGCCUCUAAUAUUGGAUCAGGAAUAUGUGAACUUGAAGAAUCAAAUAAUUAAGGCAGAAAGAAGAGUGUUGAAGGAGUUGGGAUUUUGUGUUCACGUGAAGCACCCUCAUAAGGUUUGUAUUUUCUAAAUUCACUCCAUAACCAAGGUUUUGUGUUCUGUAAAGCUCUGAGGAGGCUGCCUGGAAGCUCUGUGGACUGCACAUGAUGAUCAGUGAACUCAGUGAGAUUUAGUUUCUUACCAUCCUGAUGUUUUCUUUCUCAUUUAAGAGACUCUUACUAAUUGCUCUCGUAUCACUGCUGGGUGACGGCGAGGUGGCUGCAGGUGCUCAUUAUUCCUGGAAGGCAAAUUGGAUCAGUAGGUAGCUGUGGUGGUAGAAAACAUCACCUCAAUUUAGAUUCCCCCAAGCAGGGAGCAAUUUGGAGGCCUGGGGUUGUCCUGGUCACUCGUGCUGAGGUAUUAAAGAUCUCUGAGCCAGUUUGGAGUGUGUUAAAGCCAUGCUCAGGCUGGGCUAGAACUGAGGCAAGGCUCAAAUAAAAGUAACAAGUGUCAGAGUGGGUGAUACUUGAAAGAUACAAUUUCCUCAAAUGUUUAAAUUGUGCUUUAGCUGGUAAAAGAACUUUGAUUUCUGUGCCAGCACAAUUGGGGAUCUUGCUCUUCUCUGCUCUAAAAACCUCCUGUUCAGAGCUGCCUUCUGAGCUUCUUGACAUUCAGAAUUUCCCGUUGUCACCCACCCCAGAGGGCAGCUGUAGCUUGUUAAUGGGGCGAAUUCUGCCAUUAUCCUUCCUCUCUGCAGCCUUGUUUUCCUUCCAAACUUGAGGAAAACCCUCAGAGCUGAACAAACCCUGGCACAGUGUUAGAUCUGUUCUCUGCAAGCACUGCCAGCUUCCCUCACUGCUGAUUGCACCAGCUAAAAAAGGAUUUGUGAGGUUUGUAGGAGAACAAAACCAACCCACAAAAUCCCUAAAUCAAAAUGCCUGAAUGAAAAUCCAUCCACAAAAUCCCUGAAUCAAAAUCCAUCACAAAAUACCCGAACCAAACCCAGGUGGAGACAAGGCCAGGACAGAAGGGCUCACAAGGUCAGAGCUGGUGUGGAUAAACACUGGGGAUGGUGCAAACCCUUGAUGUGUGGAGUGCUUUAGGCCUUGAAAGAGGAUCACAGAUGCCUCAUGGAUGUCCCUCUGCAGUGAGCAGGUGGCUCUCCAGAUGCUGGUUAAUAACUCAAUGACCCAUAUCUUCCAGAUAAUCGUUAUGUACCUUCAGGUAUUAGAAUGUGAACGUAACCAACACCUGGUCCAGACCUCAUGGGUAGCCUCUGAGGGUAAGUGACUAAGACUUCUCCUCUGCUGCCCAUGGUGCAGGGAUAGCUGCCGUCUUCAGUCAACCCAAAGCUCUCCCAAGAGAAGGCUGGCUCUAGACAGGUGGUAUAUACAUGAUAGUAGAGUAACUGGCCAACUGCUUCUUGUGCUUCUAUUUUUAUUUUUUAUUUUACUCUGCAUUUUUUUUUUGAUUGUUUGUAUAUUUGAUAACCUGAGCGUUCAAGUUCUGAAUUUAUUUUUUUUUAAAUUGUUCUAUUUCUCUUAACUGUUAUAAUGUGGUGUGUUUAUUAUAUGAUAAAGUGAAUUAAGGUGGGGUUUAAAGCUUUUAAAAGGGAUGAAUUAACAGCAGAAAAAUGAAUAGUUUGAAAGAUACAAUUAUCUGAAAUGUUUAAAUGAAAAUGUUUAAGUGAUAAAGCUAGUACAUGUGUGAAGCUUGGAGACCAAAUGUGAUAUUUAGAGACACUUCCCAGAAGCAUUGCAUGGAGCAGUGGAAUGGGAUUUUGGACUGCCAGAAUCUGCUGGUUAUGGAAGGAGGGGAGGGAGGGAAUUACCCCAGCUGGGAGAGGGGUCAGAUGUUCCAAUAACAUCUCUGUGCUCGUGUUUGUUGCUUCCAGUACCCAAGAACUGGUGGGUAUCCAGUAUGACUGGUUUUUGAAAUGUGCAUUUUUACAACAUGACCUUUUUCUUAAGCUAUUGUGACAAGGAUUCAUUUCCUCCUGUGUCUGGCUGAGCCCACAGGGAAAAUGUGCAGAGGCCAAGCUUGGAAGCUGGAAUGGUUCUCAGUUUGGCAAAUCAGAAAAAAACACUGUGGAGCUUCCAGAUGUUCAAAGUCAACCUUUCCUUUAUAAUUCCUUUGGCCAAAAGCUUUGUGCUCUCUUUGUAGGGGGUUUAGAAGUUCCUUUCUCCCAGAAAGAUGAGCUGAUGUUGCUUUUUUGGGGCAGCAGUUGCUGUUUGUGUAAACAAGAAUUGAGGACAGGUGGGAGUUGGAAACCCUGGGAUUCCAAUCCCUCCUCUCUGUCCUUGCAAACCUUGCAGGUGCCUGUGGUCUCUGCUUGGAUACCUUGGGGGUCAGUGAAUCCUUGUAUACUGGGUACCCACAUGGUUAAUUAUUAUUUAAAGUACUAUUUUAAGGACUUUUCUUAUGUCUGGUUUUAGUUUUUCUCAUCUGAUAUUUUAUUGACAUAUGUGCUCUCAAGUGUAGAUCUCCUAAAGCACAUCAGCUGAGAGAUUCACAGGAAUUUACUUUGUGUAUUUAAGAUUUAACAACAAAUAAUGCUUCAUUGUACUGACUGGAAUAUGUGCAAUAUUUUACAGUUUGCUCAUUCUGUGAAUAUUCAUUUUAAGCAACCUUACUGAAAUGGGACAAUUUGGAAACCUUAUUUCAUGUGCCACAGAGGAGAUCUGCCUGAAUUCUGACUGUUCUCCUGAACUGAUCUUCCCAAAUACCCUGAUUUCUCCUAUGGCUGACUUUGUGCAUCAAAAAGAAUUCUGUUCUGGAUGGAAAUGGACCCUGAAACCCCACUGGAAGUUGAGCUGUGCUGAAGAGGAUUUCAUUUCAUGGGAGAACUGCUCCAGGAGCUGCAGCUUUUGCCACACACCUGGUCCUGCCCUGUUGCAGGGGGACAUGUGAACCUAAAAUUCUAUUUCUGAGUAUUUCUGAGCACACUGAACUACAUGAACGACAGCCUGAGAACAGAUGUGUUUGUGAGGUUCCAGCCAGAGAGCAUUGCCUGUGCCUGCAUUUACCUGGCAGCCAGGACACUGGAGAUCCCUCUUCCAAAUCGCCCACAUUGGUUUUUACUGUUUGGAGCAACAGAGGAAGAAAUUCAAGAAAUCUGCUUAAAAAUCUUGCAGCUCUACACAAGGAAAAAGGUGGAUUUAUCUGAUCUGGAAAGUAAAAUAGAAAAGAAGAAAUUGGCCAUUGAAGAGGCAAAGGCACAAGCUAAAGGUCUGGUACCUGAGGGAGUUCCAAGCUUGGAUAACACAUCGGGAUUUUCCCCCAUCCCAAAAAAUGAGUCUCCAAAAGAGGUGAAAGGAAACAAACCCUCACCCCUACCUGUGCAGGCCAUGAAGAAUGCAAAAAGGAAAACAGAGGGAGCCAAGAGAACCAGCUCCAACAGCCCAGUAAAUGGUGUCCAGAAAGGAAGAGAGAGCAGGAGUCGAAGUGGAAGCAGAGAUCAGAGUUACUCAAGGUCCCCCUCGAGGUCUGCAUCCCCCAAGCACAGGAAGAGCGAGAGCUACUCCACGUCCAGCGGCUCCAAGUCGCAGAGCCGCUCUCGGAGCCGCAGCGAUUCCCCCCCGCGGCAGUUCAACCACGGCUCCGCCUACAAGGGCUCCAAGGGCCGCGGCUACAAGAAAUCCAAGGACUACAGCAAGUACCAGGGGGGGCACAAGGGCCGCAGGUCCCGCUCCAGGAGCUCCUCCCGCUCCCGCAGCCGCUCCCGCGAGCGCCCCGAGCACGCGGGCAAGUACAAGAAGAAGGGCCAGGGACACUACUACCGCAACCACCGGCACGAGAGAGCGCGCUCCUACGAGAGAGGGCACCGCUACGACAGGGACAGGGACAGGGAGAGGGACAGGGAGCACCCCGGGCACAGCCGGCACCGCCGCUGAGACGGACGGACGGACGGACAGAGAGCAGCCCGGGCACAGCCGGCACCGCCGGAGAGGGACAGACAGACGGAGCAGCCCGGGCACGGCCGGUGAGCCCCCGGGGCCGCUCCCGUGGGGUUCUCACUGGUGGGUCCUGAUGGGGUAGCUAAGGGAAUUCCUGCUGGUCAUCCCCUUCGGGGGCUCCUCCUGGGGGAAUUCCUGCUGGGGCUGCUUCCCAAGGGAAUUCCUGGGGCUGCUUCCCAAGGGAAUUCCUGCCAGUGAGCUCCUGAGCUGCUUCUGAGGGAGUUCCUGGUGGUUAGCCCUUCCUGGGCUGGUUCUCACUGGUGAGCCCUUCUUGGGCUGCUCCCGAGGGAAUUCCUGCUGGUGAGCCCCUGGGCUGCUUCCUGAAGGUCCUGCUGGGGCUGAUUCCCAAAGGAAUUCUCCUGGUGAGCCCACCAGGCUGCUUCCUGGAAUUCCCAGAGAGAAUUCCCUCUGGUGAGCUGGGUGCUUCCUGAGGGAAUUGCCUCUGGUGAUCUGGGGUUGCUUCCUGAUGGAAUUCUCUCUCUGGCACCCCGGGCACAGAGCUGGGAGCUGCUUCCCCAUGGAAUGCCCACCAGGGCUGCUCUCUGAGGGAUUUCCCUCCAGCACCCAGGCACAGUUGAUGAGAUGGGGCUGCUUCCCUUGGGAAUUCCCUCUGGCACCACUGGUGAACCAGCAGAGCUCGUUCCCCAUGGCUUGUGCAGGGUUAAUCUGGCUCCUGAGCCAGCAGUUUGUGCUCAUCCCUGAAGCCAAAGCAAAGCCUGGCAGGUGAUGUCAGCAGUGCCACUGUCACCCUCACAUGGGGCUCCUGUCCUGCUCCUCAGCAUUUCCAUCCCCAGGACAGCCCAUCCUUGGGGUGCUGUGCCCAGCAGCUCUUCCCUCUGGGGCUGGGAAGCUGCUCAGCCCCCCAGGAAUGGUUUGGUGCUACCAAUGCCCUCUUUCCAUGCUGGCUCGGUGAUGUUGUACAGGUGGGAGGUGAUUUUUUUUUUUUUUUUUUUUAGUCCUGUUGCCUAUAUUAGGUUUUCUGUGUAUAUAUAUAUAUAUAUAUAUAUAUAUUUUGCAGUGUUACAGUAUGGGAAAAUGGCCUUCCUAGCCUUUACACUUUACCCACAAUGUAAAUAAGCAUUUGUUUAAUACAGGUGAUGAUAUAUACAGAAAAAUUCAAAAACUUGAAUUCUAUCAAAAGAAAAAAAAAGACUUGUGUAGAAAAUUCUGAUAAAUGUGAAAGUAUUUAGCUCUGUGCAUUGAGAGUAGAAUAUUUUUAUCUGUGCAAUGCUGUGUGCAGGCCACCAGCUCAGAAGACAUUUCCUAUAUAUCCAUUUGAAGUGGUUGAAAAUUCUUGACUCAGGAUCUUUGAAGAAUUGGUAGUUUGUCAGUCUGCAUGCUUGAUGAACAGAGCAAUUAAAACUCCAAUUAGCAGAGCCCCACAGCCCAGUAGUAUCAGUUCUAGUGGUAUAUCUGAGCUGUUACUCUCAUGCUCCCUAAUUUCAUUAAAGUAUUUGAUUUUCUAUUA